AUGAAGAGAUGCCACAAGAAAGGUGAUGGGAUGAAAUGCAACAAGGACGAAGACAUGGAGAGAUGGCUAAUCGAGGUAGAGGAAAGCAAGCUGGCUUUGCAAGGUUUUAAGGCCACAAGGCUAGAUUCCAAGGUCAUGAUGACCAAGGGAGAUGGCAAGGUAACACUUCCCAAGUUCAAUGGGAGUAGUGAUCCGGAAGAGUUCCUUGAAUGGAAGUUGCAAAGUGAGAGGAUAUUCCUCACCAACAAUGUGUUGGAGGAUUUGAAAGCAAGGUAUGACCUCACCCAAUUUGAGGGAUAUGCAUCGAAUUGGUGGGAAUCCAAGAAACAAAAAAGGGCUCAACAAUAUAUAUCUAAUCUUCCUACAUGGAAUGAAUUGAUUGAGCUCAUGAAAAUGAGGUAUUUGACUUCUACAUACUAUCAAAAAGUCCUUAAGAAGGUGUAUAUGUUGAAACAAGGCUCCAAGAGUGUUGAAGAGUGCUUUGAUGACUUUAAAAAUGUGAGGAUGAAGCCCAAAAUAGAAGAGCACUUGAACUGUACUCUUAUAAUAUUUGUGGCUAACUUGAAUCAGGAAAUCUCCAAACCCAUAAGGCUAAAAACUUAUAGGAGUCUAGAAGAAGCUUUUCAUGAUGCUUCCAAGGUUGAAGCGGAUUUGAAAGAAGAGAGGGCGUACAAGGAAAAGAAUGCUACAACUUCAACAUGGAGUAAAAGUAAAGAGAAAUGGAAGACUUCCAACUCAAGACCACAACUCAAAUGCCUCAAGCCAAGUUUGACUACAAGGCCAAAAGAGAUGAUAAAGCCAAAGGAGGUAACAAUGCUAAACCUAACUACCCUCAUCCAUCCACCAUUUAAUGUUUCAAAUGACAAGGUAGAUGACAUAUUUCAAGUGAAUGUCCCAAUAGAAGAUGAGGGCGGGGUUGGUAGAGAUGAUGAGGAGGAAAAAAGUGAGCAUGAGGGAGAAUCCGAAAGUGAUGUUGAAAAGAGGAUGGAGGAGAGGUUGAACUUUGCCAUUGUUGCUAGGAGAGCUAGACAUCUUCCAGACCUCAUAUCUAGUGUGAGGACAGUUCCUGAUCAGAUCCGAGGAAAAUGGGUUAAGGGGAUAGUUCGCCCACUAGGGGAUUUUGUGUGGUUGCCAGUCACAGCUACUUGGAUCAUGACAAGAGCAAUGGGAGAAUUAGCUAGAGAAGAGAGUGAUCAAAGGGAGAAUCUAUUUCGUGCUAGAUGCAAGAUAGUGGAGAAGUUAUGUUCGUUGAUUAUUGAUGGUGGGAGUUUUACAAAUGCGAAUCAUGAAGGAAUUCGAGAGAGGGUCCAAAGGGAGAAAAUGGUGAAGCGUGACAAGGAGACAUUGGUGGCUAGUGGUGGAGAAGGGUCAUCUCAAGAUGGACCCAAGAGAUUCAACAAAAUCACGGUAAAGUAUCGCCACCCCAUUCCUAGGCUUAAUGAUAUGUUAGAUGAGCUUUGUGGCUCAAUUGUGUUUUAUAAAGUUGAUCUUAGAAGUGGCUAUCACAAAAUUCGCUUGAAUCCUGGUGAUGAGUGGAAAAUGACCUUCAAUACCAAGUUUGGUCUAUAUGAGUGGUUUGUUAUGCCAUUUGGCCUAACCAAUGCACCUAGCACUUUUAUGCGCUUAAUGAACCAUGUUUUGAAACCCUUUAUCAAUAAGUUUGUUGUCGUCUACUUUGAUGAUAUUCUUAAGAAUAGCAAAUCAAUGGAAGAACAUAUGUUUGAGGUUGAGUGUGAUGGUAUAGGUAGGGUAUUGAUGCAAGAAGGCAAGCCGUUGGUUAACUUUAGUGAAAAGCUAAAAGGGGCUUCAUUCAAUUACUCUACUUAUAACAAGGAGUUGUAUGCACUUAUGAGGAGCCAAUCCAAACUUAACAAGAGACAUGCAAAAUGGGUGGAACUUAUUGAAGCUUUCCCUUAUUUGAUCCAUUACAAGAAGGGUAAAGAAAAUGUGGUGGCGGAUGUGUUGUCUAAGAGGUAUAUCUUGAUAAAUUCUAUGACUUCUAGAAUGGUGGGAUUUGAAAGCCUUAAGGAGUUCUAUUCUCAUGACCUCGAUUUCAUAGAGAUUUGUGAGGAUUUGACUCAAGGGAAGAGGGUUCACCGGUUCCAACUUGUUGAUGGGUUCUUGUUCAAGGAUGGCAAGAUGUGUGUUCCUAUGAGCUCAUAG